AUGGUAGUCGAAGGCGUGGAAGAUGUGGAGGCGGAGCUGUUGAAACGGAUUCGGGAAGUCAUCGGCCCAGAUGUCAUUGUGUCGGCUUCAAUGGACUUGCAUGGCAACGUAUCUCGAGAGCUCGCGCACAUGUGCGACCUGAUCACCUGCUAUCGCAUGGCACCACAUGAGGAUGCUAUGGAUACGAAGGAGAGAGCUUGCCGGAAUCUCGUUCGGCUCCUAGCCAACGCCCCUGCUCGUCGACCGCUGAAGGCCUGGAUACCGGUUCCGAUACUGUUGCCAGGCGAACAGACUUCUACCCGCAUAGAGCCGGCGAAGCAUAUUUACGCCGCGGUGCCGGAAGUGGAAGCGAUGGAGGGCGUUAUUGACGCGGCAAUCUGGGUCGGCUACGCCUGGGCAGAUGAGCGCCGGAAUAGGGCCGCCAUUGUCGUUACCGGCUGGGACGAGUCGGCGGUAUCUCAAGGUGCAGAGAGGUUAGCAAACCUAUUUUGGGACGCUCGUGCAGACUUUGAGUUUGUUGCGCCCACGGGUUCCUUUACCGAGUGCCUCGACGCGGCCAUCAAGUCGCCCUCGGCGAGAAGGCCGUUCUUCAUCUCUGACUCAGGCGACAACCCUACCGCUGGAGGAUCCGGCGAUGUCACCUGGGGACUGACGAGGCUACUUGAGCGUUCCGAGUUCAAGUCUGCCGACGGGGGAUACACGGUCAUUUAUGCAAGCGUCCCAGGACCUGAGGCCAUCGAAACAGCCGUGGCGGCCGGUGCUGGGGCCACCGUCACCGUCACCGCGGGGGCGGAGGUCGACAAUCUCCACGCCCCGCCGGUGACCUUGACAGGCAGGGUCCACUCGAUCAAGCACGGGGAUCGCGAUGCCGUGACGGAAGUCGUGGUGCAGGUCGGAUGCGUCUACGCGAUACUGACCAAGCUGCGCAAGCCGUACCACAAGGAGAAGGAUUUCACGGACCUGGAACUGAAGCCGCGGGAUGCGGACAUCGUUAUCGUCAAAAUCGGAUACCUGGAGCCUGAGCUGUACGAUAUGCAGAAAGAUUGGAUGCUGGGUUUGACCCCAGGCGGUGUCAACCAGGACCUCGAGAGCCUUGGUCAUCAAAAGAUCCGACGCCCCAUGUGGCCUUUUGACAAGAAGUUCGAAGCGCCCCCGAACUUGAAAGCCCGAUGGAUAGCGAUGUCCAACGAUGUUCUCACUGGGCCGGACGAGUAG